UCACUCGCGCUUUUUAUUCUGGGACUCAUGAUUAUAAUGACAAUUGGGACUUGACUCAUUAUGAUUUUUUAUGGACUAUUAUUAGCAGGACGGGACAGCUCAGGAUAUUAUUCUUCACAUGGAAAAGAUGAAUCAUAUUUAUCCAGGCUACAGCAAACCUUGAAUAUACAAUUCAAAUUGGAUCAUGUUGAGAAAAUCGUCUGACGAAAUAAACUGUCUAAUCAUCGGAAAUAGUUGUUACUACUGUAUCCCAUCUCAAGUGGACUAGGGACUCUCAUUUAUGGAUACAUUUUGGAUCGCAAAGGUGACUGAUCAUUCAUCAACUGACAUCAAUAACAGCCAAUUAGCCAGCACCCAAAAGUAGAUGAGAUGGAGCACUCAGGUUCGUACAGCUCUGUGUAUGAGCCGAAUGGGCAUGCUGCCUGGGCAGACGACCAGCAGCAUCAGGACCUGGAGACAGCGGACAACCUCAGGAGGAAGAUCAAGUACUUCUUCAUGAACCCCUGUGAGAAAUACAAAGCCCGCGGACGGAAACCAUGGAAACUGAUGCUCCAGAUCAUCAAGAUCGCCAUCAUUACCAUCCAGUUGGUGUCUUUUGGACUGAGCAAUCAGAUGGUGGUAACCUUCAAAGAGGAGAACCUCAUGACGUUCAAGCAUCUCUUCCUCAAAGAUUACGUGGAUGGCCGUGGGGACUCUUAUGCUGUGUACAGGCAGGAUGAGGUGUAUGAACACAUUUCUUACAUAGUCGAUAAGUAUUCCCGUCUGCGAAAUAUCACAGUUGGUAACCAUGCCUAUGAGAAGAACGGGGAUACCUAUUCCCCUCUGUCUCUGUGCCAGGAGUUCUACAGGAAUGGAAGCAUCUCACCAGCCAAUGAGACCUUUGAUAUAGACGCACAGAUUGAAACUGAAUGCCUUGAGAUUGUUCCUGUGUUCCCCAUGGGAAGCACAACAGAGGAUGAUCUGUUGAAUUUCAUUGUGCAUUUCAAAAGAUUGUUGAAUGUGAAGAUCAAGUUCACUCUGAAGGCCAUAAAUUUACAGACAGUCAGAAACAGAGAGCUGCCAAACUGCUAUGACUUUGAUGUCACGAUCACCUUCAACAACCAAGCCCACAGUGGCAGAAUAAAGGUCGACCUGGACAAUGACGUUGAUAUAAAUGAAUGUAGAGACUGGAAAGUAACCGGGGCCUCUCCCAAGAACAUCUAUUACCCACUGCUGUUUGACUGUCUCAUCAUUGGAACGUGUAUCACCUCUCUGGCCCUCUGCACACGCUCUGUGCUCAACGGGAUACGGCUACAGUUUGAGUACACAGACUUCUGCCUAGUCCGUCACGGGAAGGAGGUUCCAUGGUCCGAUAGGCUGGAGUUUUUGAACGGCUGGUAUAUCCUCAUCAUUGCCAGUGAUACACUCACCAUCAUCGGCUCCAUUCUGAAAAUAGAAAUCCAGACAAAGAUUCUCACCAGUUAUGAUGUCUGCAGCAUCUUUCUUGGGACGGGCACAAUGCUUGUUUGGAUCGGAGUCAUACGCUACAUGGGCUACUUCAAGAAGUACAAUAUUCUCAUCCUGACCCUGAGAGCAGCGUUCCCAAACGUGGUCCGGUUCAUUGGUUGUGCCGGAAUCAUCUACCUGGGGUACUGUUUCUGUGGCUGGAUCGUGCUCGGGCCCUACCACGAGAAGUUCCGGACCCUGAACACAGUAUCAGAGUGCCUGUUCUCGCUGAUAAACGGAGAUGACAUGUAUCCCACCUUCAAGUACAUGAAGCAGAAGAGUUACCUGGUGUGGCUGUUCAGCAGAGUCUACCUCUACACCUUCGUCUCGCUCUUCAUCUACAUGAUCCUCAGCCUCUUCAUCACCCUUAUCACUGAUACCUAUGACACCAUAAAGCAACAGCAGCAGGAGGGGAGCCCAGUGUCAGAGCUGCAUUGUUUCAUGUCGGAGUGUAAAGAUCUGCCCACCUCAGGACGCUACCGGGUAGAGGGGGAGUCUGGCUCCUUCACCUGCUGCUUCCCCAGAUGCAAGGACUCACGAGAAAGGCUGAGCUCUGAAUCAAUAGACUCUGAGCCAUAGUGGACCUUUUAUCAGUCUCCUGAGGUU